AAGAUCUGAUCACAUCAUCGAUCCGCGAUGAUCGAUCCGCCCGCAACUGAUCAGCUGAUCCUGCAAAAGGCGACAAUCAGCGCCGUCAAUCAAUCAAUGAACCGAUCACACCUGAUGUGAGACGCAGCGCGAGCCGCGGCGGAGACAAUCAGCUGACCGGUGCAGCGGGACCGGACUCUGGACUCUGGACCGGGUUCUGGACUCUGGAUCCGGUUCUGGAUCAUGUGACCGGGCUGCAGGAGGAGGGGGGCCCGCAGGUGAUCAGGUCAGAGGAACUGAAGACUGUUUAACUCCCUCUACAGGCCAGCCUUGGAACUGCAGCUAACACCUAACAGCUUACAGCUAACAGCUGGUGUUCAGGCUGUUGAUGGCCACAGGAGUGAACUACUGGAGCGCUUAUGAACCCACGUACAAGGUGAGCGAGUGUGUGUGGGGUGGCGAACACGAGUCGAGCAGCGAGGACGGAGGGGGCGGGGUCACAUGGGACACACGAGCCAUGGAGGUCAAAGGUCAACUCAUCUCAGCACCUGACCUCACCUGUCCCGACAGGAAGCAGAGGGAGCGAAUGGCAGAGCUGCAGGAGAGGAGGCGGGGCUUGCAGGCAUUGCUGAGCACACGAUUGGCUGAGCUCAGACGCAUCUGUCUGCAGGAGGCGGAGCUGACGGGCGCGGUGCCCAGUGACUUUCCGCUUGAGGCCGGAGAGAAACCGCCGUGUGUCCGACGGCGUGGAGGGUCGUCUCACCAGGGAAACAGAAAGUGUCGAGCAGAGGAGGAAGACUCUCAGCGUUUGAAGCCGAAAAAAACUUUAUUCAGCGGUGCUCUGAGGAAACACAGCGACUCUGAACACAACACACAGACACACACACACCACGGCAAGAGGACCGUACACCGAGGCUGCCACACAGAUGACACUGUUAGGUCAGAGAGCAGCUCCACAUCAGACUCCACAGGACUGGAUAACGAUGACGGAGUGUCUCAGUUGGUCAGUCUGGUCUCUGCUGGUUCUCCUGUGGAAAUUUUCUACCAAAACAAAACAAGAAGGAACUCACUGCACAACAGGACCGACCAUCCAGAGACUCUUCAGAUCCAUAAGCCCCUCCCCCUGCCUCCCUCCCAUCCUCCUCCCCUCCACCUCCAUCCUCCCCCUCCCCCCCCCCGCUCUCAGGACUCCUCCUCCUCCUCCGGCCCCUCUGAUCCAGCGGUGGAGGGCGGGGUCAGGGUGAACAUGGCUCGCCACAGUAACAGCUCUGAUGGCCUGCUGGACCGCAUCGCUCCCCCAGAGGAGGAGGGGGGGGCUCAGCAGGGGGGCUUGUGGGUAAACGGCCUGCCGGGGUCCAGAGGAACGAAUGCAGCCGGGCCGCUGAUGGACACACAGACGAGGGCAAGGACAAAUAACGGGUUGACAGAGGGGGGAGGGGCAGGGCGGGGGCGAGGAGGCGGAUACAGUGAGGUCCUGCUGGACUACGUUUGGGGGAAACAGCAGCAGCUGCAGCGCCAGCAGUCCAACAGCAGGCAGCCAAUCACGUCGCACCACCAGCUGCUCUACAAUGGCUUCUCUUCCCAGCAGCCCCCGGGAGCCCCGCCUACCUACCGCGGUCACCAUGGCGAUCAGCGCAGAGUCAAAGUGACCCGCACCAAAUCCUGCGGCCCCUUCCUGCCAGUGCAGACCGAUACCCAAAACCCCCUCCUGCCUGCCAUCCAGCCGGACCCCCAUCCCCACCUGCUGCCACCCCGUCCGCCACAGCUGCCCCCCACCCAGGACGCACAGCUGGAGGACGCCACCAGGAGCCUGCACAAGGCACUCGCCCUGGAAGGUCUGAGGGACUGGUACCUUAGGAACACCAUCGGUUCCACCCACCAGAACCAGGCCAACGGAAAGGUCAAUGCAGGUCUCAACGCAAAGGUGAACAGCGGGGUCAAAGGUCAGGCCAGAGGAGGAGGAGCUCUGCAAGAAAGGCGGAGGACUCAUGGUGUCAUCCAGCAGCCGACCUAUCAGACGGAGACGAGUCAUCAUCCUGCAGCGCCGCAUCACAAAAAGACGCUGCCACACUCCGCCACAUUCCAUGGACACCCGCUGCAUGGCAGGUCGAUGGACAGCUCACUCUACCAGGACUCGUUCCCACCUCAGAAACAGGACGACCAGCCAUCUCCUGGAACUCUGGUUUGACUCACCGACCUAUCAGGACGCUGACAGACAGAUGCACGGACCCAUCCCAGGCUGGCUUCCUGGGAUCAGCACCUGGACGGUGUGUGGUCUCUUCAGGUUACAGCAGCUCUUCACCUGCUCCUCUGCGCCCACCGUGAUGUCACAGGGACGAUGAUGAUGUCACCGUCCUGUUGGCGGCUGCAGUCUCACCUGUCCCAGGUGUUGCAGCUCUAAUGGACUGACUGCCCCAGAUGGAUUGUGGGUAACACAGCUGUCCUGUGGACCAUUUAAACUAAACUGCAGGUUUUUUACAGUGGGACUGUUUUUUAUGUUUUGUACGCCGUCAUGUUUAAUCUGUAAUCUGACUCCGCUCAGACAAUCAGGACGAGUUUUAUAUGAACUGUUGCACUCUGUCCCUGAGGACAGGUAAUCACCAGCUCCGUCCAACAGACCAGCAGCUUUUAAAGAUCAGGUGACCUGUUUGAUCCCUCAGGUGAGUCCAGACUCAAACCAGCAGGUGAGACUCUUCAGGUAUUCUUACAGUUUGGACUUAACGUCUCUGCACUACGUUAAACAUGAACAAGAGGACAGACGGGUCCGUCACUCCGUCCUGCACCCUGUGAACCACCAGUAACCACAGUAACUGCAGUGAAACUUGUAACUCCAGUAAAAACCAGUAACUGCAGUAAAACCAAUAACUGCAGUAAAACCAAUAACGGCAGUAAAGCCAGUAACUGCAGUAAAAUCAGUGACUGCACCAUAGCCAGUAAUUGCAGUAAAACCAGUAACUGCAGUAAAACCAUUACCUGCAGUAAAACCAGAAACUACAGUAAAACCAGUAACUGUAGUAAAACCAUUGACUACAGUAUAGCCAGUAACUGCAGUAAAACCAGUAACUGUAGUAAAACCAGUGACUGCAGUAAAACCAGUAACUAGUAAAACCAGUGACUACAGUAUAGCCAGUAACUGCAGUAAAACCAGUAUUUGCAGUAGAACUAGUGUCUGCAGUGAAACCAGUGACUACAGUAAAGCCAAUAACUGCAGUAAAACCAGUAUUUGCAGUAAAACCAGUGUCUGCAGUCUACCCAGGGACAUCAGUAAAACCAGUAACUGCAGUAAACCAGUAACUGCUGUAAAACCAGUGACUACAGUAUAGCCAAUAACUGCAGUUAAACUGCAUUGACUGCAGUAAAACCAGUAACUGCGAUAAAACCAAUAACUGCAGCAACCACCGUAACUGGACUUCCUGUCGAAAAUGUUGAACACCAAAAUAUAAUGUGAUGUGUAAAACAUGAUGUAUGUUAUUACUACUUAAUAAAAUGUUUUUAGUUCAUAAUGUUAUUAACAGACUGUUUAUGAACUGGGGCCAGGUUGAAUAACUGCUGUCAAACAUAAACACAUUAUAAAACUGAUUUAUAUUUAAGACAAUGAAUUAAUUUGAUAUGAACUUAAUCUGGUUUUUAUUAUUAUUAUUAUUAUUAUUGAUGCACCUGUCAAAUUAUCACAUAGUUCACCUGUUUGUGUUUACAGAUUUAUGUCAGCGAUAAUUUGUUUUUCAUGUUUAUUCAACAAAUCACACAGAAAAACAAAAUCUAAAGGAUUUGCCAGAUGAGCUUCCUGUAAGCAUGUUAGCUCUCUGUUAGCAGGUUAGCUCUCUGUUAGGUUACCUGUCAGUCAGCAGGUUAGCGUUCUGUUAGCUGUCCGUUAACGGGUUAGCUUUAUGUUAGCAGGCUAGCUGUCUGUAAACAGGUUAGCUGUCUGUUAACGGGUUAGCCUUCAGUUAACAGGUUAGCUUUAUGUUAGCAGGCUAGCUGUCUGUUAACGGGUUAACUUUAUGUUAGCAACUUGGCUGUCUGUUAACAGGUUAGCUUUAUGUUAGCGAACUAGCUGUCUGUUAACAGGUUAGCUGAUUGUUAACGGGUUAGCUUUAUUUUAGCAAGUUAGCUGUCUGUUAACGGGUUAGCCUUCAGUUAACAGGUUAGCUUUAUGUUAGCAGGCUAGCUGUCUGUUAACGGGUUAGCUUUAUUUUAGCAGGUUAUUUUAAAUGAAUAAUUUAUUUUCUGUGACAGAUUAAUUUUGUCUCAGAUGAAACUUGAUUCAGCAUGUUUUUGGCGCGCUCGCCUUCCUGAGAGGAACUUCCUGCCAGAGUCUUCAGUCUCUGAACUCUGGUCCAGAUCAGAUCUGACCUAGUCUGAGAGCAAUAAGGGGACGGGGAGUCCAGGUCGUGUUCAGGAUGAAAACCAGCGGCGACAAUCAGACGAUGAUGUCACAGUGUUGAUCGAUUGGUUUAUUGAUUGACUGAACGGUUUUUGUACCAAGCUUCAGUGAAACUCUUUUAUACGGAUGUCCGUAAACUCAACAUGAAAGAAAUGCAACUUCUUUAAAACGACUGAUGGUGUAGAGAGUUUAUUGAUCCAGCAACAUGUUUAUUAUUGAAUAUUGAUUAUUGAUCAAUAACAUGUCUCUAUGUUGUGAUGUACGUCUGUGGUUUUUAUUGUCUUCAGCUUCACAGAAACCAGUCUGACCUCCAGUAACCUCCACCUGAAGCUGUGGUCACAUGACAGGGUCACUUUCAAAUACAUGAAGAACAAACUUUUCACCCUGAACCCGCACCGCAGGAUUAGAUGCUAAAUUACUGAAAUUAUGUCAUUAAAUAUGAACAUCAUGUGACGUCUGAUUGCACCAGCUGUCAUGUUACCACGGUUUCAGAGGAGCAGAAAGAGUCCCAGCAUGCACCUCUUCUAAUUCACACCAAAGCAGAAAUGUGUAAAUACCAUACAUAAAGUACUACUGUCAGGCUAAAGUACUACUUGUACUACUAUUUAAUACUGCCAUACUCAGAUCUGCAGUACUGUGGUACUCUGCGGUAGUAUUGUGCAGUAACAGUAUUCAGAUGUUAGGAUCCUGCAGCAGAACGUCACCAGCCACCAACCAAACUCUGUACAGAUUUCUGAGUAUUUAAGAAAGUCUAUUUAUUUGUGUAACUCUCCUGAUGUUUCAGUUUAAAGUAUUUGUGCUGGAGAAGAGUACUACAUGCCCUCAGUGUUCUCUGCCAGUAUUCAGAGUACUGUGUAGUAGUACUCUGUUGUCCCUGGUGAUGCAGCUCUGUGUCCCCCUUCAGGGGGGCCGUGAUGCGUUCAGGUGCACUCUGUACAGUCACUGUUUCUUUGCUUUUCAAACUUUGUGUAAAAAUCAUUUUCUAUCUUUUUGGACUUUUCGGUCAUUUCUACUUUUUUCACUCUUUCUGCUGUUUGAUGUCAAAAAGCUUCGUGUAAAUAAGUGAUGGACACGCUGUAAAGACGAUGUUUUUAAAUAAAGAUUUCUCUUCACUGCUUUACAAACA